AAGUUGCAUUUCCUAAUGAAGCAGGGUGUGGCUCAUUACAACAACCUCAAUGAUCCCAGCUGCAAAGGAACGGUCCGGAAUGGCAGAGUGGAAUUCCAUUUUGAUAAUGAUGAACACAUCUGUGGUACAAAUCUUGUGGCUAACAGCUCCCACUUCAUCUAUGAUAACUUUAUUCUGGGGACACCAAGGUCAGAGAAAAUCCUGAAGCUUUCUUUCAGCUGUGUUUAUCCUCAAACACAAACACUUUCCAUGAAUGUGGAAAUCAACCCACUGGAGAGCGUUGUGCAAAAGAUCCUCCCUGCUGGUGAAGGCAGAUAUCGUGUCCGGAUGAUUCCAUAUCAGGAUGAUGAGUUUACCCGGCCCUUCACUGGUGCAGUGGAUGCAGAGCUCGACCAGGAGAUGCAUGUGGAAGUUCGUGUUGAGGGGGUCGACAGCCGCCAGUUUGCCCUGGUGAUGGACACGUGUUGGGCUACACCUGUGAAUGAUCCUGAUUACAGCCUCCGCUGGGAUCUCAUCGUUUCAGAGUGUCCCAAUCCAAAUGACGACACAGUAGAGCUGCUGCAGAACGGCGUCUCGACAUCCAGCCGUUUCUCCUUCAGGAUGUUCAUCUUCACUGCAAACUCCACUAAGCUUUACCUGCACUGUGCUGUUCACCUUUGCCUUCUGUCAAGCAAUCGCUACUCAAUGGACUGUGACUCUGGACACCAGCGGAGAGAGGGCAGGUCUCUGGACUUCCGUGACAGUGCUUCCAUAUCCAUGGGUCCUCUGAUGUUGUCUGGAGGGAACACAGAUAAGUGGGUCCCAGACCAAGUGAAGGUAUCUGAGGCUUCUUGUCUGUGUGGUUCACUGAUGGUGUUUCUUGUUCCUCUGAUGAGUGUCCUGACACGCUUUUAGUUUUGUACCAGAAAAAAAGUGCAUAUUUUACAUGCAUAUUGUUUGAUGACAUUUUAAUGAAUGUGGCCCUGAUGAUAUACUGAUUUUAGGUUUCAAAUAGUUUCCUCAUGCCUUUG